UAAAACUUCUACAUGAAUCAGAAGGUUUCAUUAAAAUAGGGGACACGUGGAAAACCUAGAUCUAUUUUCGCUUUACAUCGGACGGUCCAAAUUCUCUGUAAACUAGUCGUCGGAAAUAUAAAAUUAUCGCCAAAAUUCGCCUGAAAAUUUUCCCAAUUCGAAGAGCUAAUUAGGGUUUCUUCUGAGCUUAGAGAGCAAGGACAAGAUGUGGCACGAAGCGAGAAGAUCGGAGAAGAAGGUUCACGAUAUGAUGGACGCUGCUCGGAAAAGAGCACAGCGGCGAGCUAUUUACUUAGCUAAACGCCGUGGAGAUCCUAUUCAGUCGAUUCAAGCCGUUGGUUCCCGCUACCGAGUAUUCCGUGAUGAUGGUCUUUACCAAGCCACCGAAGAUCAACAGGGCUUGAUUCCUUGGAAUGGGAAGCAAGAUGUUAUGAUUGAUAGAUUUGAUGGUCGUGCUCUUCUGGAUUUUGUGCGUGAGGCUGGUUCGAGAAGUGUACGUCCACAUAAGAAAACGGAAGAGGAAGAAGAACUUGAAGAGUUUGUUAAUUUUGAGCGUUAUCGGGAUUUGAUUAAGCAUCGGCGUAGAGGAUUUUCUGAUGAGGAGGGUUUGCAACAUGUCCAUCAAGAGCUCGAGGCCAAACUUGCUGCUCCCUUCCUUGGGACAAGAACACAACCAGCUCAACCACCUGCAAACAAAGGCACAUAUUCGCAGGUUGGAUUUUCUUAUGCUGGAAAUGGCAAAGAUAAUUCAUUGGAUGCGGACGAAGAUGAUGUUGAUGACGACGAGGAUGAUGAGGAUGAAGAGGAAGAAUUUGACAGUAAUGACAGUGAUGAUGAAGGAAUGGAAACAAUUGCGAAACAGUUUGGUAUUAAGCGAUAUGGGUGGCUUGUUUAUAUGGACAAGAAGGCAAAAGAGGAAGAGAAAAGGCAAAAGGAACUCAUCAAAGGCGAUCCUUCAAUUAAGAAACUAAGUCGCAAGGAGAGAAGAAAAGUUUCUAGGAUAGAGAGGGAUAGAGAAAGGGAAACUUCAAGGAGUGUCGGAAGGCAAAUAAUUCAUCAUGAUCCAUACAGGGAGUCUCGAAGGAGUCCUACUUAUGAGGCCUAUCCGCGUUCAAGAAGAUCAAGAUCCAGAUCCCGCUCAUAUUCUCCAUCAUACUCAAGGAGAAAUGGGCGUGGAGACCAUUCUGAUGAAAUCAGCAAACCAAAAAUCGAAUAUAUUACGGAAUUUGGAGGAGGCUCUGGAGAUAUGAGAAGUCCAAAGUUUGAAGGAUAUUCCCCACCGCGUUCACCACCAUCUCAGUCUGAUCUAUUAAGCCGACCAUCGCCAGGCCGUAUUCUUGAGGCGCUGCAUGUUGAUCCUGCAUCUGAUAUAUCCCUUGAGAAAGACAAAGUUGCCAAACCAGCAAAAUCGACAGUGAGUACUUCCACAGCACUAGCGAAGCUUUCAAAAGUAGCAGGUACCUCCUCUUCGAAGCAGUCACAAGCAGAGAAGAAAGAAACUCCCCAAGAACGACUGAAGAGAAUCAUGAACAAACAGCUAACGAAGCAAAUUAAGAAAGACUCUGCAACAGAAACGGCUAAGAAACGAGAACAGGAGCGACAAAGGCUGGAGAAACUAGCGGAAACAAGCCGGUUAAGUCGGAAUAGGCAGCGCAGCCGUAGUAGGAGUAUUAGUCGAUCACCACCACCGAGGUUGUUAAUAAAGUUAUCAUUUUUGCUUCGUGAUUAAAAUGGGGGGAUUUGUGAAGAUGAGAAGGAAGUUUUCGGUUCUAGAGCUCUGAUUGGAUCCGCUCUCUUGAUAUUCACUAACACAGUUGUCAUCUCUCCUUCUCCCGUUUGAUUUUCUUUACUAAAAUGUUUUGUCUACAGAAGACACAGGCGAAGCAGAAGCAGAAGCGGAAGCAGGAGCAGGAGAUCACGCAGGCACAGUUCAAGGUCACGGUCUAGGUCCCCAUCUAGGUCGUUAUCACGCUCUCCGAAACGCUCACGCAGACGCUCUCCAUCUUAUUCGAGGUCUCCCAGGCGAAGAAGCAGCAGGUCAAGGCACUGAAGAGAGGAAACUCUAAUUGUUGCGGCAGCUUUUUUUGUUGCCUCUGUUCAUUUUUUUUUUUUUUCUGUGUGUUUUCGUAUCCUUACGAUUCAGUGGUAAAAUAUGGUUUUGUGGGUUUACAUGGGAUAAUAACAACGUUUUCAUAUGAUGUUUUAGAAAUUUAUAAGAUGUUAUAAAAAAAUAAUUAUUUUAGUAGUUGAAUGUGAAGUUUUAUGGUUA